UGCUAGACACAUACGAUUUUCAAGGAGACGUGUGGUUAUGUCAUUCAUUUGGAAGAAAAUGUCAUCAUUAUACAGCUUUUGUAAGUAAACGCGUUUGUUUUAUUUUCAUAGUUUAACACAGAAAAAUGCUUGACUCGAUUCUGUGAUAAAUGAGCAAGCAGGAACCUGCUCUAGAUACCCUUAAAGAGAUCGAGGCGUUUCUAUCAGCGAACCCCUCAGAGAUUGUGACUCUGAUCUUGGAAGAUUAUGUUCAAGCUCCUAAUGGCUUAACUAAGGUCUUCACUGAUGCUGGUCUCAUGAAGUACUGGUUUCCUCUCUCAAGCAUGCCCAGGAAUGGUCAAGACUGGCCCCUUGUCAGUGAUAUGGUUUCCAAAAACCAGAGAUUGCUUGUCUUCACUUCUAUCAGAUCUAAGGAACAAAGUGAAGGCAUUGCUUACCAAUGGAACUACAUGGUUGAAAACCAGUAUGGUGAUGGUGGAAUGAAAGCAGGAAGUUGUCCAAACAGGGCAGAGUCAUCUGCUCUUGAUGACAAAAGCAAAUCUUUAGUGUUGGUGAACUAUUUUCGAUCUACACCAGUUAAGCCAAUCACUUGCAAAGAUAAUUCUGGAGAUCUCGUUAACAUGUUAAGUACUUGUUAUGGUGCUGCUGGCAACAGGUGGGCUAACUUUGUUGCUGUUGAUUACUACAAGAGGAGUGAAGGAGGAGGAUCGUUUCAAGCUGUGGACACUCUAAAUGGGAAGCUUUUGUGUGGGUGCGACGAUGUCCAUGCAUGUCUGCCUGGGUCAACCUCACAAGCUUGCUCAUCAGCACCACAGUAAGUAGGGCGACAGGUGCAACAAGGUUUCGAACACGUUAAUCUUCAUUUGU